UGUUGUUGUCGUUGUUUACCAGUGUUUUGGUAAACAAACUAUUGAUUCAACAAAAAACAAAACAAAACAAAAACUAAGUGAAGAUUGAAAUCAAAUUGACUGAACAAAUGAAGACAUAAACAAAAUGGCGAUAAACAGUGAUAGCAUUGUAUGCGAUAUACAAACACCUAAAAGAUUAAUCCAUUGCAGCGAUGGUGUACUCGAAGAAUACGAUGACAGCGAUGAUGGCGAAGAUGUGACGCACACGACAACCACGACGACGGACAAUGACAUCAUCGAUGGCAACAACGGUUCCGCACAUAAGACAGACACAGUAUCACCGCUUUCAUCGGUCAAGAAUACAGUCCUAUGGAUGGGAAAUAAGACUUUGGAAGUAUGCGAUUAUUUGGGCGAAAAUUUGGCCAAUUUUUUAGGCAUAACAUCACCGAAGUAUGAAUCAGAGAUCAAUGAAUAUUACCGACAAAUGGCGGAACAGAAGAACUACGAAGAAAAACAAAAGUCAGAGUUUGCCGGUUGGCAGACAUCGUCGUCGGAUCUGAAACCAAGUGAUGAUCACAUUGUCACACACGAUGUGAUCAGUGAUUCACAGAAAUAUUGACCAAAAAUUUAUUUAUGAUUUUUUUAUUAUUGAAGAGAUAUCUUCAGUGUAUUUGUAAUUUUGUCACUUUUAAUACAAUUUUGAUAUAAUAUUUUU